AUGUGUCUCGGUGCCCCAGCCCUUGGAAGUUUCCAUCAUGAACCAUCGGCGGUGGCCGUUCCCGUGGGAGUUCCCGUACCAGUGCCUGUUCCGGUGCCUUCUCCAUAUCCGGUGCCUUCUCCAGUCGCGGUACCUGCUCCAGUAGCUGUACCCGUUUCCGAUACUGUGACGGUGCCGGCGGCCUUUAGUGCGCACCAAGGACUUACCUACGGAGCUGUAGAGCAUUAUGGUCCACCACCUCCGGCGAUCUUUAAGUAUGCAGCUUCCUAUGCGGCACCCCAGCCAGUUAUUAAGUACUCCCUGGGGGCCCCAGUGACCACUACCACCACCACCUACACCGGAUUUGCAGCAGCAGCACCACCGCCACCGGUUCAUUAUGCAGCAGUAGCACCACCGCCACCACAGUUUAUAGCCCGAUUUGCACCUCCACCCAUUGGCUACCAGUUUGCAGCUGCUGCCCCCUCCUACGGCAGAUACAAACUCCACUUCGGGUCACCACCUCAUCAUUCUCCGGCCGCCGUCUAUGGAGCUCCCCCUCCUCCGGCGUUUGGCACUCAGGGCUGGUAACUCGAGAAGCCCCAGAUGGGAUCCGGCUCAUUAUGCAUAACUAUGAAUGAUAAUUUCCUCAAAUUAGCAAUUAAU